AUGAACGAGGAACCAUCACCACGCUCUGGCACGCCCGUUACCUCCGCUAAUACCGAGAACAAUCCCAUGUCAAUACCACAACCGGGUUCGCAGCUUCCAACGAUUCCCGCGAAUGACACCGCCAAGCCUGCUGCAGGGUCCAGCUUCAUUCCGUCCUGGCGACGACCUGUCCUGAAUGUUCUCGGCAACGGUCAACCCGCGCAAGACGGGCGUCGACCAAGUGUGCAGUUUCUACCCACUGCGCGUACGAACAAAAGCCGAUCGAGCAGUGUGCAACCAGCUGCGGCGCGAAGUAAGAGCUUUGGUGAUCGGGCAGUCGUAAAUGGUCGAAGGCUUAGUAGUCCACCUCCACCGGCGCAUUUCCGACCCAGCGUGAGCUUCGACACCUUCAGCAACCCGGCUGCCAGCGAUUUCAGCUUGACCUUGCACCGGAAACAUCAGGACUAUGUUUACACGAAGCGAAGCAGAACAUUCCUCUGUGGGACUGACACCAAUGAAUAUUCUGAUACUGCGCUGGAGUGGUUGAUAGAUGAGUUGGUGGAUGAUGGCGACGAGGUGGUCUGCUUGCGCGUGGUUGAAAAGGACAGCAAGGAAGCGACACGAUGGGCUGGCGGGCAGGGUGAGAAGGGCUACCGCGACGAAGCACAGCGUUUCUUGGAGGCCAUCGAGAGGAAGAACACGGAUGAUCGUGCGAUCAGUCUGGUGCUGGAGUUCAGCAUUGGAAAGGUCCAUGAUACCAUCCAACAGAUGAUUCGCAUCUACGAACCCGCCAUUCUCGUCGUCGGCACGCGAGGUCGGAGUCUGACUGGAUAUCACGGCUUGUUGAGCUCGGGUUCCAUCAGUAAAUACUGUCUCCAGUACUCCCCCGUACCAGUCAUCGUUGUGCGACCCAGCAGCAAACGCGAGGCCAAGAAACGCAAGCGACUUCAGGAUCCCACUCGUAGCGGCUACCGCGACAUCCUCGACAAGUCUGAAGAGCAUCACCGCGGGCGUGGCGGCCACCUGCUGGACAAAUCCAACAGAUCUAGCUUAUUCGGACCAGACCUGGGCGCAUUGGGCGAAUUCAACAGCGCCGGCGAUCCAGACGAUGAGGCCCGUCGCGUGGCAGAGGCGGUCGGUUGGCACCGAGGAAGUCGACCUGGAACCGCCAGUGAUGGGCGAUCUAGUUCACAGACGCGCCAGUCUGCUGCGCGGGCCGAGGCAAGCCCUGCGCCAAACGAUCGGCUCCUGAUGAGUCCCGAUCCAAACGGACGCACUUCAUUCGGCAACUCAAGUCCCGAUUCUUCCGAGUCCGACGAUGACGACGAAGCCAACGCGCCCCAUCACCUUCGCUCACAGCCGCAUCGACGAGCUCCCGACGAAGACGAAGACUACCAGGAUGAGGACGAUGACAUCGUUUAUGAAGACUUGCCGCUCCGUCCACAAGACGAAGCUGCAAUCAAAGCCUACGAAGCGGGCGUCAGGAAUGCAGAGGAUGUCCGCGAGGAAGCAGCCGCUGCGGCCGCCAAGCUCAAGCAGCAACAGGACCGUAGUGCGAGUCGCAAUGGUGCUAGAGAUCAUGGCCCAGAGACUCGACAAGCACCAUAUAGAGCAGCCAACAAUCUAGAGAACGGGAGCUGUGGUCCCGUGAAAGCCAACGCCGAGGAUGUCUCGCAGGAAUUAGAUGAUCUCGAUAAGAUGCAGAGUCCACAAAACGAGGCGGGAGGCUACAUAUCCCUCGCCCAAUGGAUGGCCGGAUGUGAUGACUUCUUCGUAUUGCGGAAGUUCUCGAAACUCACUGCUUUUGCGAUGCUGAAGUUACAGGACGAUUUGAUGCGGUGUGAAAAGGAAGUCGAAUUACUCAGUUUCCGACGAAGUGGAUUGGCGAGAGAUGGAGAUUCUUUCAGAUAUGAUGAGGCGAGAAUGACUGGAUUGAUCGAUGAUCAAGUGAUUCCAAAUUUAAGGAGUUAUUACGAACUGCUGAACGCCUGCCACGCCGUCCAUCUCCGCGGCUCAGCAACUCCCCGACAAGUCCGAAACCUACAAUACUGGUUCCUCAACCACCCCAGAAGAAUCAAUCCCGCCUCCACCAUCUUCCAGACCUCAUCCGAUCUAAUUGCCGUAUUCCAACGCCCGCGCUCGAUAAUCUGGUCCUUUAUUGAACGCAGCACUUUCCGCCUCGCCUCCGUACGACAGGAAGCGGCCAAACGCGGCAUCAUCGAAUCAACCACGCAUCGCUUCCGCGUCAAACGCAUCGAUCAAGCCGUCUCCCUUUUCGUCAUUGGAAUCGGUUAUGUGCUUCUCUUCGUGCCCAUAUGGCUGGAGAAUUUCUAUCGGGAUACGAAAAGCCGUAUCGGAAUCGUCAUGGCCUUCACGUUGUUGUUUGCCGUGUUUAGUGUCAGUGCCACGACGAGCUUGACCAGGGGGUUUGAGACCCUGGCGGCGACUGCUGCGUGA